AUGAAAUAGUAUACACUUCCACAUUAAAUUGUUCAAUAUUACUCUCCGUUUCGAUCGAAUGCUUAAAAAACAGUCAUUUAGGAUGGCGAAAAUACUUUUCUGAUCGACCCUCAAUAUCAAUACUUGAGCAUAAUUGGAUAAGGGUCGUAUGGGGUAGUUUUUGCUGCCAAAGACACUAAAAAGGAUUCAGGAAGAGACUUAGUUGCAAUCAAGAAGAUAGUUAAGGCUUUCGAAUAAAGGCUCUUUGCUAAAAGAACACUCAGAGAAUUAAGACUUUAAAGGUUAUUCAGCCAUGAAAAUGUAUCAUUCUCAUCUAUCUGUGCAGGUGAUAUCUAUUGA